GAUACUUCGUGGCUGAGCUGAAUAUUCAAUGAAUAAGUGAAUUAUUUGCAUCAGAAUUUUCACUAGACGGAACUGGGGUUUCCGGUACAAGAACAUUGGUUUCUAGCUCUCAAUUCUCUCUAUAUCCAUCUUCAAACUUCUCAAAAGAUGGCGAUUCUUUAUUUAUUCCAAAAAGCUUUUGCUGGUACGGGCCCUGGCCGUGAAAAAUCCUCUGGCAUUCAGGAUGUGAGCUCUGGUUAUACAUUUGUAUCAGAGAUCUCAACAGAUAUAUUUGAUGCAUCUCUGUGCAAAAUCAAACCAUUAAGAAGACUCAUCACAACCACACACAUCUCAACAAUUAUCGUUCCCUCUUCAACACUGGUUAUUGUACCAACGAUAACUCUUAUCGUACCAUCUACCACUAAGACCUUGACUCCCGUCACACAACCCACCGUACCGCCUACUGGAAUAACUGCGAUUGCUCUUAGUAAGAUCUCUAGUUGGAACGCAAUUGCCGCAACCGCGACCGACCCAAUAAUGAAGAGUAUAUUGAAAUCUUCCAUUAGUCGAGAAAGUCUUGCUGCUAGCUUGACUCCAGGUGCUUAUACAGCUGUUAUCACAAUCUCACCCGCGGAACAAACUUUUAUAGACCAGGAAAACAAAGAAAUCUCUCAAAGUCUUCAUACUACCACUAUAAUCUUGAGUUGUUUUUUUGUGGGAUUGUUCCUAGCAUGUAGCUACGGGUUUGGUUGGUACUUUCUGCGACUGUAUCGUCGGCGAAGAGGAAGAAAGAUGCCUCCACUUACCGAAUAUAUUCCCCCUCAAUUAGGUUCUUUGGGCGGUCUAAUGGCUGAGAUGGGUCGUGAAAAUAUUGUUGGGCCGGAGGGACAUGAGAAUAGAUCUGAUGGAAUUCAUAGGGUUCCGAGGGUUCCAAGAGUUCAUAGUACUUUGCAAGAACUAGCGAUUCCUGAAGGGGUUGCAGAGUUACCUGGCUCUGUUCCAGAAAUGCAACAGUUGAGACAUACGGGAUUAAAAGGUGAAGACGAAAGGGUAGCAAACACACAGAAAGCUCUCUACGAAGUCUGAGGGGAAGAUUCUAGUGAAUGCUUCCAAAGUUGAUGUGCGAGCGUUUUAGGGCCCAGGAAAUAGAGUUUGCACUCAGGAAAGUUGCAGAUGUUUAUUCGUUUAUUUUUGAUACCUUUUUGGUCAAGAUCUAGAUCUUGAGAAUCCUUGAGGAUGCGAGAUACAACCUCUGAUGGGAGGUUUUUGAUAUGUCGAUUUUGCAUCCCUCAACUAGGGUAAUAAUUUUCUCAUCCCUUUACA